AUGCUAUCGGUCCUACAUCGUACAACCACUAUGCCACUGAAACUGUUUGGCUUGUCUCAAGGCCGUACCGUCGUUUUGGGGUUGAUCACUCCCAUUUCGAAUGUACGUCCUUUGUCUUUUAAUACUCCUGCGCAAUUAUCUCGUAAAGAGAGAGAAAUCAUGAGACGAAGACAUGUGAAGGAAGGUAACAUGAUUACCUAUGUAGGAGCUGGUGUUAAUAUUACAUUAUCUGCUCUUAAAGGCCUGUCCGGCUAUUUAUUACAUUCUCCAGCGCUGAUCGCAGAUGCUGUUCACAGCUUAUCUGAUUUAAUUGCAGACGGCAUGACAUUGCUCACUGUACGAAAAAGUCGGCAAGAUCCGAACGAUCUCUACCCCUAUGGUCACGGAAAGGUAGAAGCGCUAGGAGCAAUGGGAAUUGCGUGCUUUCUCGUUGGGACCGCUCUCCUCAUCGGGUGGGACUCGUAUUUGGCAUUGAAAGAUAUUCUUGUGAAUGGAGUUGUAAACGACUAUGGAGCAUCGAGCGAUCUCCUCACUUAUUUUAGUGGUCCAGGCGUUUUAGCCUUGGCGAUCGUGUCAAAGGAAAUUUUGUUCCGAGUCACGAAGAAAAUCGGAGAGCGCAACAAAUCGAGUGUGUUAAUUGCAAAUGCUUACCAUCAUCGGUCCGAUGUCUGGGCAUCCGUUGUUGCCCUUGGCGGACUGGGAGGUAGCUAUUUUGGAAUACCUUGGUGCGAUCCUGUGGGUGGAAUCGCCGUAGGUGCAUUGAUUGCCAAAACAGGGUUUGAUUUGCUUAGCGGUAACUACUAUAAUCUCAUGGAUAGGCAGGACUUGAACGAAAAUGAGGAAAUGACACAGUUUUUGAAUGAUGUCGGAAUUCCUUGUUGCAGUCUGCGGCAUCGCCAUCACGGAGCGUUGGUGUAUGUCGACAUGACGCUGGAAGUGGAUGAUUUGAUGACAGCAAAGAGUUUAAUUGAGUUGGAGAGAAGGGCGAAGGACUUACUGAGCGAGCAUUAUUCGGAUAUUCAUGAAGUGUUGGUCAGCUUCCGGCUGAAGGGAGACUCGAAUGACUCGGAAAACGUAGUAGUUGAAGAUCCAAUGGAUUCGUGUCAUUUUCUUUUUUGUUUUACAAGUUGA